GCUCUUUUAGUAAUAUUAGAUUUGCCGCUGAAAUUUUUAUUCUGCCAAGUAUCCUUAACCCUAAGACCCAAGAGACUUUUAUUUUGCUUCCAUCGUUUCUUCUAACUUCAAAGUAGGUCCAAAUAAGGGAAAGGGAAACGGCAGGAGGAUAGAAGACUCAUCGCGAAGGGAAACCGCAGCAGCGAGAGGAUAGAAGACUCAAUCGGCAAGAGAGAUCGGAGAUUCAAUCCAGCAGCGCUUAUAGGAUUUCAGCCGUCGAAUCCGCUCUUGUGGCAGUCCAUCUUCUCUAUCCCGGUCUGGAGCUGUGAUUCCUGUCGAAGAAUAUUCAUUAGCAGGUUAAAUUUGCAGCGUGGAGACCCUAAAUCCCAACCUGUCUUCGUCUCUCCUGUGGACCUGCGAUCAGCGUCAGGGGAAAAAUCUCCGCAUCAGAACAUUAUUAUGGAAUCCAAGAAUCGUGAGUGGAUGCAGUAUAAAAAAAAUGACCCAAAGUAUAAGACCGGUGUGAAACAGUUCAUAGAGUUUGCUUUUUCUCAAAAAAAUGUGCAAGAUGUAGUACCUUGUCCUUGUGUAAAAUGCAAUAAUGAACUGAGGAAAAAUAGAGAGGAAGUAGAGCUGGAUUUGCUGAAAUUUGGAAUUGUGAGGAGUUAUACACGCUGGUUACGACAUGGGGAAAGAACUGGCAGUUUGACAACUCAUAACGAUAUUACACCUCAGUCAACUCAAGAUCCUGAAUUUACUUCUAUGUUUGAUAUGCUACAUGAUGCAUUCAAAAUGCCACGACAAGAAGAUGCAGUUGGUGAAGAAGAUAAUGUGAGCGGAUAUGAAGACCCUCCAGAAUCUGUUGAUAAGUUUUACAAACUGAUGAGUGAUCUUGAGUUAGAGUUAUAUCCGGGUUGUAAGAAAUUCUCAAAGCUUUCCUUUUUGCUUAAGUUAUUCCACAUAAAAUGCUUAGGUGCAAUAAGCGAUAAAAGUUUGGGCAUGCUUCUUGAAUUAUUUAAAGAAGCAUUACCUCCAGGAAACACCUUGCCAGAUUCAUAUUACGAUGCUCAAAAGAUAAUAAAGAAUUUAUCUCUUGAGUCCCAAAAAAUCGAUGCAUGUCCCAAUAAUUGCAUGUUGUUUUGGAAGGAGUAUGCGGAUGCAGAGGAAUGUGUAAAAUGUAAUGCUUGUAGAUGGAAAAAAAGAGAACAUACUAGCAUUCCUCCUACUUCAAAGUCUAAGCCUAGAAAGAUUCCUUAUAAAACCAUGCGUUAUUUUCCAUUGAUCCCUAGGCUGCAGAGAAUAUAUAUGUCUUCCAAAACAGCAUUAAAUAUGAGAUGGCAUCAAGAUGAACGAGUUGAUGAUGGGGUAAUGCGACAUCCAGCGGAUUCUAAAGCCUGGAAAUCUUUUGAUGAACGAUACCCAUCAUUUGCAUCUGAGUCGCGAAAUGUUCGCCUUGGUUUGGCAAGUGAUGGGUUUAGCCCAUUUAGAAACGGACAUAUUACUCAUAGCACAUGGCCAGUAGUUCUCAUCCCAUAUAACCUACCUCCGUGGUUGUGUAUGAAGCAGCAUUCCUUAAUGCUUUCCACACUUAUCCCUGGUCCUCAUGGGCCUAAGGAAAUGAUAGAUGUUUACUUGCAGCCAUUAAUAGAGGAGUUGAAGUUGCUUUGGGAAGUUGGUGUUGAAACAUAUGAUGGUUCAAGGAAGGAGAAAUUUAAAAUGUUCGCUGCUGUACUAUGGACAAUAAGUGACUUCCCGGGUUAUGGUGAUCUUUCUGGUUGGAGAACUAGUGGAGCUGUUGCUUGUCCGUCAUGUAAUAGUGAGACUUGCUCUUACUGGUUGAAAAACGGAGGCAAACACUGUUACAUGGGUCAUCGCAGAUUUUUACCAGAUGAUCACGCAUGGAGAUAUGACAUGAGUAGCUUUGAUGAGAAGAUUGAGUUAAGGCCAGCGCCUGUGGUGUUAUCGGGUGAUGAAAUUCUGAACCAAUUAGCUAACGUUGAAGAAGUUACAUCGACUUCAUUCAAGAGUAACACUAAUAAGAGAAAGAUAAAACAACUUUGGAGAAAAAAAAGCAUUUUUUUUGAGCUGCCAUACUGGAGUAGUCUUCUAUUACGUCAUAAUUUGGAUGUUAUGCAUAUCGAGAAAAAUGUGUGCGAAAAUAUACUUGGGACCUUACUAAAUAUUGAAGGGAAAAGUAAGGAUAAUUUGAAUGCACGUCUUGAUUUGGAGGAGAUGAAUAUAAGAAAAUCACUGCAUCUGAAAAGGUGCAUAGAUGGUACUAUGAAGAUUCCUCCGGCUCCUUACACAUUAUCUUCAAAGCAAAAAAAAGACUUCAUUAAAUUCUUGACAAGUGUGAAGUUUCCUGAUGGGUAUGCUUCUAAUAUUUCACAAAAUGCCUUGCUAAAAAAGCGAAAAUCUCGGGGUUAAAAAGCCAUGAUUACCAUGUUAUAAUGAAGCAUUUGUUACCUCUUGCAAUACGUCAUUGGCCUAGUACUUUGUCCACGCCACUUAUUCAAUUGAGCGCUUUUUUUAGAGAGUUAUGCUCCAAGACAUUAAAGACUGAUGAGUUAGAACAUCUACAAAAGCAGAUAGUUGAUAUACUUUGUGAGCUAGAAAGAAUUUUCCCACCUUCUUUUUUUGUUAUUAUGGUACAUUUGCCUAUACACCUACCAAGAGAAGCUAUCGUCGCAGGAGGUGUUCCUUAUCGCUGGAUGUACCCCAUUGAGAGGGUAUGUUCGCAAUAAAGGUCAUCCCGAGGGUUCAAUGGCAGAAGGAUAUCUUUUGGAGGAGUGUUUGACUUUUUGUUCAAGAUAUAUGGAGGAUAUAGAAACCAAAUUUACUAUGCAAGAUAGAAUUUCAGAUGAUUGUCAUAUGCAUUCAUCAGUGGAUUCUCUGUCUAUUUUUAUGACAAGAGGCAGGGCAUUGGGGAAGGUGACUCCUAAAUCAGUAACAACAAGUGAAUGGGAAGAAAUCCACUUUUUUGUGCUGAACAAUUGUGAUGAAGUUAAACCGUUUAUGGAUGAAUAUCAUGGAGAAGCUGCAAUUAGCACAAUGAACACGUCCAGUCAGAAAAGGAAAUUCAUUUUAUGGUUUAAAGAACGAGUGAUAAAACUAUCCAAGGAAAAUCACUCAAGUGUCAUAAAACAUUUAGUAGCACUAGCACAUGGCCCAAAUCGCGCAAUCACUGUUGUGAAUGGCUACAUGGUUAAUGGAUCGUUGUUUCGCACAGUCGAGUCUGAAAGUGGGAGGGAAACACAAAAUAGUGGUGUUGUUGUGAAGGGAGAAAGUGUAACAGAAAGUAUUGAGUAUUAUGGGAUCUUGCAAGAAAUUUUAGAGGUUCAGUACAUUGGAGGGAACCACGUGACAUUGUUUAGAUGCAACUGGUGGGAUGUUCACAAUCAUGAUCGGGGGAUAGUUAUUGAUCGUUUUGGUUUUACUAGUAUCAAUCCAGCCAAAGUAUUAACUAAUGAUCCUUACGUCUUUGCAUCUCAAGUGGAACAAAUUUUCUAUGUUGAUGACGUUGUGAGACCGAACUGGAAGGUGGUGGUUAAGACAAAGCCAAGAAACUUCUACGAUGUUAUUGAGAAACCAAAUGAAACAGAUAAUAUGGAUGAUGCAUAUCCAUAAAUAUUUUGCCCUCUCAUUGGAAAAACAUUGUUGUCUGGUUGUCUUUAAGCAUGAAUAUUUUAUUGUGUUAUUACUAUUCACUAUGAAUACUCUUUGUUUAAUUAUUUGAUUUUUUUUUGUUCUGCAGAGUUCAGAUGUUACAAUAAUUUUAUGAGUCAAUAUAUUGAUUUAUCAUUGGUGUUUCUGGUUGAGCAUAGAUAUAUUUCAUGUUUUAUACUUUGUUUUUUAAAGCUGCUUUAUAUUAUUAGCUUUAUAAUGUCAAGAGUUGGAGGAAAAACACAAGUAGAGCAGGAACAGAUGAGGCACCAUGGGUAUGAACAACAAAGGCUCAAGAAUAUUGAAGCUAACAAGUUCAUAAUGAAAUCUUUGGGUAUAAAACGAAUUGCUGCUUCAAAGUUAAGCUUGGUCGAUAGCACAACAAAAAAGAAAAGAAAGAUGAAAUCUAAAUCUAGUGUUGAGGAAGUUGCUGAUAAUGGUCCUGUGGAAGAUAACAAUGAAGUAGAGGCUAUUAUUCCUGUUGCAAGAAGGACUAGAGGUGCACAAGUGAAAGGACUGGCAGAAAAGCGGAACUUCAUACCACCAUCUUCACUUGCCAAGUUGUGUAGAACAAAUAAAAAGCAGCAAUCAGUAUUAGGAAAUGAGGCACUUCGAUCAUUGUCUAGUGUGAUUAAAGAUGUUCAGCAAGACAUUACUAGUCCGGAACAAGAGACUGAUCAAGACCCCAUUGCUUUUGAUGAAGAUAUGGACGAGCAACGUAAUGGAAACAGUGAAGAUUCUAUUAUGGAGAAAGAUGAUGAUGAUGAAGAUGUUGCCACUCUAAGCAUCACGACUAGAUAUGAUAGUGAUCCACCUGAUGCUCUCAUGGCAAGAAAUGAUAAAGUUCAUGUGAGUAAGAAGAAGAAAGUCUACAAGACAAAAACUCCCAGAGGUCCUACAAGAAAUCUUUUCAUGGCUAAAAUGAGACCCGGUGAGAAGAAACGGGUAGAUUUUAACAUAAAGGGCCAACCUAUCGGUAUAAAUAGAGCUAGCUUAGCAAAUUAUUGUGGUGCCCUUGUUAGAGAUCCUCUAAAUGCACCCCUUUAUAAUGUGAAAGAUUUUUCUGAAAUUCCCGAAACAAAUAAAGAGACGAUGUGGGAGCUUAUUCUGGAAAAAUUUGAUAUUGGGCUUGAAGAUGCAGAGGAUGAAGAGUAUCGUGAAAAGAUUAAAAAAGAGAGACAAAGAACUUUGAUGAGAUCUCUGAACAAGAAAUACAGGAAUUAUAGAGCAAGACUGAAAAGUACUUUUUACGAUACGCAUGAAACAGAUGCUGACCGGUUGAAAAAAGAAAACAGACCACCAUAUGUUGAUGAGAAGGACUGGAAAUGGCUUGUCCAGUAUUUUGGUUCUCCUGAUUUUCAGAAAAUGAACAAACGAAACAGUAAUAACCGCUCAUACCUUGAUGCCGGACACACCGCUGGUUCAAAGAGUUUUGCUCAAGUUGUAGAAGAUAUGUUCCAAGAUGAUCAAGUAAUGCCCGGUGUGUUGAAAGUGUAUCAGAAGACUCAUACCAGAAGUGAUAAAACUCCAGUGACAAAUGUUGCCAAAGAAACUAUGUUAAAAAUAAAUAAGCUUGUAGAGCAGCGUGAACAAGGAGAAAUCAACAUGACAGAUGAAGAAAUUUAUGCAAAAGUUAAACCCAAAGGUAAAAAUGAUCGUGAUCGUGGAAAGGGAGUAAGUCCGUCCAUUACUUCCUUGUUUGGGUCGUUUAGUGAAGGAGAGAAAUUUCGCAAAGAGGCUGAAGAGGCAAAGAAGGAAGCUAAUGAGGCUAAAAAAGAAGCUCACGAAGCUAAGGCAAAAAAUAAAAUGCUCACUAAGGAGGUGAAAAUUUUCAAAAAAGAAGUAAGAAUUAUGAAGGGUGUUAUGGGGAAGUUUUUCAACCUUAUGGGAGGCGAUUUUUCAAAGUUAUUUUUGAAUGAGGUUGAAAAGGAGCAUAAAAAAGUCCAUGAUGAUGAUAGUAGUGAUGGUGAUGGUGAUGAUGAUGAUGAUGAUGAUGAUGAUGGUGGUGGUGAUGAUGAUGACAAUGAUGAUGAUGAUGAUGAUGGUGACGAUGAUGAUCGUGAUGAUUGUGAUGAUAGUGAUGCUGAUGAUGAGGAAUGAACUUUCUUAAACAUUUAUUUUAGCUUGUAGACAUAAUUUGUCCCAUCUUAAUGUUUUUAGUAGUUGCUAAAUUAACUCUAGCUAGCUAGUUUCUUUUUUUCUUAAGUUGUGGAGGUGCAGAUGAGAUUGAACAAAUUAAACAAUGUACUGGUGCAGUUACUCUUUAAGUAAUUAAUUUAAGCUAAAUUUUGACUUUCUAUAUUAUUCUACAAAGCAAGCAUUUAAU